AUGCUUUUCCUGGCACUAUUGACUCUACUUGUCACAAUCAUUGCUGCCUUUUAUCUCAUUUACAAACCGCCGUCUCUUCUCAUUAAGUUCUUCGAAUACCAAUGGCCGGAUGUUCUCUGGCGUAUCUCGACUUCCGAAAAGAUUGUGGCGUUGACCAUCGACGAUGCACCAAGCGAAUACACGUCUCAGGUUCUAGAUAUCUUAGAAGAGAACGAUGCUUUUGCUACGUUCUUUGUGAUCGGAAGCCAAGUCCCUGGUAGAGAGGAAAUCCUGGAAGAAAUCGUCCGCAACGGGAAUGAACUUGGAAACCACGCAAUGCACGACGAACCCUCACGGUCGCUCUCCGAUGACGAACUAAAGGGCCAGAUUAUGACGGUGGAAGAAAGUAUUCGCAAGGCAUACGAUUCUCUCAACAUGGCCCCUCCGCCUCGAUAUUUCCGGCCCGGCUCUGGCUUUUUCUCUACGAGGAUGCGCCAACUGCUGAGUACCUUGAAGUAUCGGAUCGUGUUGGGGAAUAUCUAUCCCCACGAUCCGCAAAUUCCUUACGCGAAUGUCAAUGCUAGACAUAUCCUGAGUAUGCUGCGACCGGGUAGCAUCAUUAUCUGUCACGAUCGGAGGAGUUGGACAAUCCCCAUGUUGAAGAAGGUAGUGCCAGAGAUCAAGGGAAGGGGCUAUCGAAUCGUGACUAUUUCGGGCCUUCUUGAUCAUCAGAUUAAGGAGCGAGAAGCUCAAUACCCUAAGCUGGAGGACCCCGAGGACGGUGAUGGCAUAAGAAUUGAGAGUUGA